CUCCCACCACCAUUGCAACCAACCGAUGACGUCAGAGGAGCGACAUCUUAGUUUCUCUCAUCUUUAAACGGCGACCAUUGAAUACACACCGUGUAUCUCUUUCUCUGUGUUGUACCAUAAGAAAGGAGGAUUGUUUCAUAAUGAAGCCUGUCGGUUUUGUUGGAUUGUGGCUCCUAGCCGUUGUCAGCAUUCAGGCUGUGGUUGUCAACAUGGACAUGAAUGCCAGAAAAUUUGAGCCGAUGGUGGCCUUCCUCUGCAACAAACCUUCCAUGCACCGAACACCAAAUGGCUGGCAAGCUGAUACUGACAACGGCAAAAGCUGUCUUAGCAGUCCUGUUCAAAUACUUUCAUAUUGUAAAACUUUAUACCCUGACCAUGAAGUGACCAACGUCCUGCAAGCAAGCUACAAAGUGACCAUUCCAAACUGGUGCCGUUUCAAUGCCACUCACUGCCACAAACACGGCAACCACACAGUCAGACCAUUCCGUUGUUUAGUCGGACCAUUCCAAAGUGAUGCCUUGCUGGUGCCAGAACACUGCAUCUUUGACCACUACCAUGAUUCUCGUGUCUGCAACGAGUUUGACGAGUGCAACAAGACCGCCAUGAGCAAGUGUGCCCUGCGUCAGAUGACCACACAAAGUUUCGCCAUGCUUUGGCCAUGCAAAGAACCCGGACAUUUCAGUGGUGUGGAGUUUGUUUGCUGUCCUAAAGAACAUAGUUCCGAUAUGGACGAAGAUGUUGAAACCACUCCCUCAACCCCUGCCAGCAUCAAGAAACCCGAGAGCUCCCUAAACGACUACACUGCCUACCUGAAGGGUGACUCCCAGUAUCUGGGCAAAUACAGUAACGAACACGAGAAAUUCAAGGCUGCUGAAAAAGUGAUGCAACAGGUGGAGGUGGAGAGGAACACCAAGAUGAUGAAAGAAUGGAAGAAUGCCCGUGAACGUGUCCGUGAAAUGAAGAAAACUGACCCCAAACAGGCUAUGCAACUGAACAAGGAACUUACAGAGCGCUACAACAAGAUUUACAAGGCAUACGGACAAGAGACCAUCCUUGAGAAGAAACAACUCAUUGCUAUUCACCAACAACGUGUGCAGAGUAACAUCAAUGUAAAGAAGAGGAACCUAAUGAAAGCCCUUCAGUCUUACCUGGAUGAAUCCCCUCUGAAGGUCCGCAGGAUUGAGAAGACUGCUAUCGCCUACAUCAGAGUGGAACAGAAGGACCGCACCCAUGCCAUCAAACACUACCAACACUUGCACGACACUGAUCCAAAGGAAGCAAGCAACAUCCGAGAGCGUGUCAUUGAACACUUGAACCUCAUUGAUGAACGAAUCCGUCGUAUGAUUGAUUGGCUCAAGAGAGACUCUGAAGUCGACCGUCAGGUACGACCCAAAGUUGAACAAUUUUUGGCUAAAUUCCAAGGAAUUAAUGCUAACUCCAUGAAGUACCUCCUUCAUGAAGACCCUGCUCCAGAAGAGACCCCUGCUGAAAAUGAGAAAUCCGAGGAUUAUUCUGAUGACGACGAUGAUGAUGAUGACGAAGCUGUGACUGAGAUUGACGACAAGGUUAAACCAACCAAAGCUGAACCAGACGAGCCAGAAGAACAACAGCAGGAACAACAACCAGAACAACAACAACCAUCACAGCAGCAGCAGCAGCAGCUGUUGGAGGAGAGACCUCCCAUCUUUGACUCUGAGUCCAUAGAAGAUGAACGUCCUACUUAUAUUGAACAUGCAGCGCAUGAACAUGUUCAGCAAAAUCGUCCCAAGUACCACGCUCACUCUGGUCAGCAACCAUUCAUCGCUGAGCAGGUUUCUCUUGACCACCUGUACAACAACAGCCCAGCCAACAGCGUGGUUGGCAUUGCCAUUGGCGGUGUGGCCAUGCAAAAUCAAAGGUUAGUGACAUUGUUCAUCUGUUUCCAUUUCUCACUCUUUGGCUAA